AAAGGAUAAUGCACAUGAAGAUAUUGUUCUGUGUUUUUCUGAGCACAAAAGCAUUUUGACUGGCGCGGAAAGAGAUGAACUUUCUCGGAAAUAAAUAUUAUAAACUCAAUCGACAUCUGUUACUAUUGGUCGGUUUGUGGCCGUAUGUCCAUUCAUUAUUUAGAUAUUGUCAAAUAAUAUUUUGUAACAUUAUUGUAGCAUUCCUGAUGGUUUUCCAGAUAGCGAAAUUGUUAACAUUAAAACAAGAUGUAAACCUCAUGCUGAAACUUCUGCCUCCUAUUUUACCUUGUCUUAUCUGCAUUAUAAAGCAUCAAACAUUUUGUAUCGUUGCUAAAAAAAUGAGAUAUCUCAUGGAUCAUGUAGAACAAGAUUGGAAUAUGCUUAAAAAUAAAAAGGAAUUAGAGAUUAUAGAGAGAUACACUUAUAUUGGAAGCAUGUGCACCUUGGCUUUAACAAUAGUCGGUUUGGUAGCUAUAUUAAUUAUUAUGUUUUUACCAUUCGUACCAAUCGUCCUCGACAUCUUUAUGCCGUUAAAUUAUUCGCGUCCACGACAACUCCUAUUUCCAGUAGAAUAUUUUAUCGAUCAGCAGAAAUAUUUUUAUGUCAUUUGUUUGCAUUUUAAUAUUACUGCAAGUUUAGUACUCAUUACGCUGGUUGGCACCGAAUCGUUAUACAUAACAUACAUAUUACAUGUUUGCGGAAUGUUUCAAAUUGCCAGUUAUCGAUUGCAUCAAGCGUUCGACAACAAGCUGUUACAAAAUUGUACGCUUGAAAAACAGUCAGUCAUUGUUUGUAAAGGGAUAAUCGAAGCAAUACAUAUUCACAAAAGAGCUCUCGAGUUUUCCGAAUUCCUAUGGUCUACUUUGUCGGUAUCGUACAGCAUUUUGCUUAUAAUCGGUAUUACAUCUUUUCUCAUUAAUCUUUUCUGUCUUUUGCAAACAGUAUUAUUUAUAAAGGAGAUAAAAGAUAUAAUACUUUUAAUUGGAUUUAACUUUGGUCACUUUGUUUACUUAUUCUUGGGUAACUACGUUGGUCAAAUUUUAAUAGAUCAUAGCUCUAGUAUCUUUGAAAACACAUAUAUCACGCGGUGGUAUGAUGCUUCUUUACAAGCACAGAAAUUAUUGCCAAUUAUAAUGCAAAGAAGUAUGAAAAGUUGCAAAAUGGUCAUAAACGGUAUGUACGUUUCAUCGUUCGAAGGUUUUGCAACGCUUAUGAGCACGACUCUAUCAUACUUUACAGUAAUUUGGUCGGUACAGAAUUAAUAUUGUUAA